GAUGUAUGAAUUUUAUCAAAAUCUUGAAACAUCCAACGGAUCAAUUUAUUUUUCAAAGUAGUACUGCUGAAGAAAAGAAAAAUUUGAUUAACAUGACUAAACGUGCUACAGAUGAGACGAUGUCAGCUAAAGCUGCAAAGCAUGCCGAUUUGGUAAUUAAUGCUCAAAACAGUCAACAACAACUUACUCCACUUAUAAGAUCCCUUUCGCGGAAAAGUCGUAACGCUUUAACAUCAUCAUUACGUAGCCAAAAAAGCCCCGGCUUAAAAAUAACUACAAAAUCCCCUAGAGAACUUUCAUUUAAUGACUUGCGUGAAAUCGAGGAUUUGGCAGACCAAUUAGUUGUAUACAUUGCUACAAAAGAGUUUGAUGAAGCUGUAGAAAGUAUUGAAAAAGCUAAAGCUGCAUUAACUAAUAUAUCUACCGAUGUUACUAAAUUGGACUCUAUCCGAGUAAAAAUGGAGGAUAGAGUGGUGAGACUUUCAUAUGCAAUUAGUCGAGAUUUAACUAACCCUAAUGUGAAAAAGACUCAAGUACAAAAAUGUGUAAAAUGGCUAUUACGCCUUGGCUAUGGUGAACAAGCCCGAGAAUUAUUUCUGUCUGCGAGAACAAAUAAUAUUCGAAUAAGGACAAAGCAGUUGAAAUUUGAGGGCGACAUACCACAAUACAUCAAUGAAUUGUCACUAGUAUACUUUACUUUGAUUAAAAAUACUUGUGAUUGGUAUAAUGCUGCAUUUAAAGACAUAAAAAUGACAUCAGGUUUUGUUAAAUGGGCAAAAGAAGAAAUGGAACAUUACGCAACCUUAUUCCAACGUCAAGUAUACAGUAUUCACAAUCGUGACGAUAAAGUAGUGCAAAGAUGCUUGAAAUAUGCUAGAGAUCAUUGUUUAAUGUUACGAGAAGUCGGUUUAGACCUUAAAUUUUUAUUAGAUACUCUUUUACAACUUGAUGGUUCUGCAAUAAGCCAUAGUGGU